CGCCAAGCCUCAGCAUGUCUACCAGCUGGCUCUUCUCAGCACCGAGCUGAAGGAGAUCAUGGACAACGCGCCUGGCACAACCACGGCGGAAGGCGGUUCCGAUCACAAGGACAAUAAUCGCAAGCCGGUCGAGGGAGACUGCCCCAUCUGCUUCGAAGAAAUGAAGUCCAGCCCCGGCAAGGAGCAAUUGGUUUGGUGCAAGGCUGCCUGCGGCCAGAACAUCCAUCGACAAUGUUUCGAGAUGUGGGCUGCCACAAAGCGACAGGCAGGCGGUGGCGCUGCCGCUCAGAUUCCCUGUCCAUACUGCCGCAGUUCUUGGGAGGGCGAUGAAGAGCUCACAAAGGCCAUCGACAUCAAGCAGGGCAGACUCACUCGCGAGGGUUACUAUAACGUCGCUGACCAGGUCGGCGUCAGCACCCAGCGAGACUAUCGCACAUACAGCCCUUGGUGGGGCGGUAGUUAUCGCCGUCGCCGCACGUUCUACUAGGGGACCGGUUCUUUGUGAGCCCACGUUCUGUUGCUUCAAGACACUCGAGCCUAGCCUAAAGUCCCAGCUGGAUUUGGAUUUGUCUUGAUGGCUUUCUCUUGACAGUGCUCGCGCUACUCAAAUAAUGGUCAUCAACAGUGCGGGCUCUCUUGAUAGUAAACUCGAUAGGACGAUCCACGCUGGAUUUUCUUGUUUACACAAUAUGUCAUGUCACAAG